CGCGCCUCGCCUUAUCACCCUUGCCGUUCUUCCACAACAGCAAGCAGCAACAGCAUGCCGAGCAAGACAAUCUCCAUCGCGCUGCUCGUCGCAGACACGCCGCCCGAGCCCGUCGUGGCCAAGCGCGGCGACUACCUCACCAUCUACCCAGACUUCCUGCAGCGCGCGCUCGCCGCCGUGCCGCGCCAUGCGUGGCAGGACAAGGUCGAGCUGCACAUCCGGCCGUUCGACGUCGUGCACAAGCGCGAGUUUCCCGACGAGGGACAGCUGGCCGACGGCCUCUGGGACGCCGUCAUCGUCACGGGCUCGGCGUCUUCCGCGUACCUGGACCUCGAAUGGACGACUGGACUUGCCAGCUGGCUGCGGAGCCUGGCUGAGAACCACCCGCUCGUGCGCAUCAUUGGCAUCUGCUACGGGCACCAGAUCAUCGCGCGCGCCUUUGACGGCGAGGUAAAGCUCAACGAGAAGGGCUUCGAGAUCGGCGUGUACGACGUGGAGCUCACGCCUGAAGGCCAAGAGUACCUGGGCUAUGCCGAGAGGGAGCAGCACAUGCACAUCCAUCAGGUCCAUCGUGACAUCGUACCUGAGCUGCCGCCGGCGUUCAAUGGCACGGACUUCCUCAACAUCGGCUCAACGGCGCGCUGCGAGGUGCAGGGCCUGGCGCUGCCGUACCCAACCGAUGCGCCGCCGCUGCCUUCGACGGCCGGCGGGUCCGCAUACAUUGCCUUCGACGUCACCGGCGAGGCAACGGACUCGUCAGGCCCUGCUCCCGCGCGCAGCCUGCAGGUGCUGACCGUGCAGGGCCACCCGGAGUUCGACGAGGAGAUUGUCACGACGCUCAUCGAUGCACGCAGCGAGAUGGGCGCCAUCUCGGGUCCGGACCGCGACGAGGGCCUACGGAGAGCACCGCUGCCGCACGACGGCAAGCGGAUAGGCGCCGUCAUCCUGUCCAUGCUUGGCGUCGAGCCAAAGCGGACUGACGAGGGCACGCAGGCAGACGGCGGUGUCGGCGUGUAGUUUCAUCAUAGACAGUCGAAUCAGACACGUUUGCAGCGGAC